AUGGGUGACCUGAAGGCCCUGCUUGCUACCGCACAUCCGAAUGACGUGAUCUGCUUCCACGAGAUUAAUUUUCUUCCCCGCCGGCUGCCAAAGUCCUACAUUCCGGAUAAGCGCAAUGUGGUGGAGCGUAUCGUCGGCGUCGGCAUCCUCUACAACGCCACUGGGAGUUGUUCCGUAGUGCCUCUUGUGGUGCUAGAGCCAUCCAAUAGGCCUCUGCGCAUGCGGGCGAGCGCCGCAUCGCGCAAGGUGGCUGUUAGCCGUGAUUGCAACACCAUCAUCCUCACCAUUCACAAUGCGCAUUGCAUCACAGGCGAGGUGGCGCCAGCCGUCUCGGAGCACGGCUUCAGUGUGCAGCACCUCACGAACACCAGAGUCGUCAACAUUCGUGGAUCGGUUCCGGAGACGGGCCUGCCGCACCUGCAGGGAGUGGGUGAUGCGCUGAAGGCGUAUUACCGCGUUAUGCUGAUGAGGCGUGCGAUAGGUUCCAAGCGGUUCCAGUUCGACUAUUCGGCUUCCAUUGCUGAUGUCGACUAUAACGACAUACUCGAGUGGCUGGGAGAAGCGUGGACUCGUGUUUGCGCGGCUACCAUGCAGCGGAGCUGGUGGCGCGCAGGAUGCGUGCCGGCAAGCUUGCCGCCCCUGAUGGCGUACCUGGGUGACACGUGCGCAACCGGCAUGUUCGAGCCUAUUAUUUCGGUAUGCGUCGGUUUGCAGUUGCUCAUCGAGAAGUUCAAGGUAAGGCCUGCGUGCUACAUGACGGCCUCGGAUUUUAUCAACUGCGACGCGGGAAUAUGCGUGGAACAGGGGUUCAGAGCCACACCUGAUGCCAGCGCGUCCGAUGACUCGUCGAGCGACAUGAGCCUGUCAGACGGCCCAUUGCUGCGGGACGAGCGCAGCAGGAGGCGCGUGAUACGCAACAUCACAAACGCGUACGUGGAGCGUGCCGAUGAGCUCGGCAUCCCCCCGGCGGCUGUGCCAGCAGAGGUCGGAGCAUCAAACCAGGAGGUGAUUUCCCGCCUAUGCAGUACGCCUAUCAAGAGGGCUCGCGCAGGGGGGCGAGCUGAGAACGGGACAGCCGAAGAAGUGCUGCAGAGUGAUGAAGUGCUGGAGAGUGAUGACGACCAGUGA